AUGGGGUCGGGGCGUCCCGCGGCUGAGGAGCGGGAGGCCGUCCGGGCAGCGCGGCCGGCGGCGAGAGGGGCCCCGCCGCUCUCCGGAGGCAGAAGUUGUGGAUCGGCCGGCGGGGGCGAGCGGGCCCGGGGGCCGGGGCCGCGCUGUGGAGGCAGCAGCCCAGACGCGGCACAGAGAGGGCUUGGGAGCUUGCUGCAGCUUCAGAACAACCCUGUGCCGCGCAGCCGACGCGAGGUUCCCCUCCAGCUGCAGCCGCCGGUGCCUGAGGCUGCCCAGCCGUCACCCUCUGCCGGCUGCAGGGGACCCCCCCAGGGCUCGGGCUGGGCUGGGGCCUCCCGCCUAGCAGAGUUGCUGUCUGGCAAGCGGCUGAGUGUGCUGGAGGAAGAGGCCACGGAGGGUGGCACCAGCCGCGUAGAGGCCGGCAGCUCCACCUCGGGCAGUGACAUCAUCGACCUGGCCGGAGACACCGUGCGUUACACGCCCGCCAGCCCCUCCAGCCCUGACUUCACCACCUGGUCGUGUGCCAAGUGCACGCUCAGAAACCCCACAGCGGCCCCCAGGUGCUCGGCCUGCGGCUGCUCCAAACUGCACGGCUUCCAGGAGCAUGGCGAGCCUCCCACCCACUGCCCCGACUGUGGGGCCGACAAGCCCAGCCCCUGCGGCAGAAGCUGCGGACGGGUGUCCUCGGCCCAGAAGGCCUCCCGCGUCCUGCCCAAGCGCCCGGGGCAGUGGGCCUGCCCUGCCUGUACCCUGCUCAACGCACCGCGGGCCAAGCACUGCACCGCCUGCCACACGCCUCAGCUCCUGGUGGCCCAGCUGCGGGGGGCCGCGCCCCUGAGGCGCAGGGAGAGCAUGCACGUGGAGCAGCGGCGGCAGACGGACGAGGGCGAGGCCAAGGCGCUCUGGGAGAACAUCGUGGCCUUCUGCCGGGAGAACAAUGUGAGCUUCGUGGAUGACAGCUUCCCUCCCGGCCAGUCUGCCGGCUUCCCCGCGGGCGACAGCGUGCAGCAGCGCGUGAGGCAGUGGCUGCAGCCCCAGGAGAUCAACUGCUCCGUCUUCAGGGACCACAGGGCCACGUGGUCUGUGUUCCACACACUGCGGCCCUCGGACAUCCUGCAGGGGCUGCUGGGGAACUGCUGGUUCCUGAGUGCCCUGGCAGUGCUGGCGGAGCGGCCGGACCUGGUGGAGCGGGUGAUGGUCACGCGCAGCCUGUGUGCAGAGGGCGCCUACCAGGUGCGACUGUGAAAGGACGGCACGUGGACCACGGUGCUGGUGGACGACAUGCUGCCCUGCGAUGAGGCCGGCUGCCUCUUCUUCUCACAGGCGCAGCGGAAGCAGCUGUGGGUGGCCCUCAUCGAGAAGGCUCUGGCCAAGCUGCACGGCUCCUACUUUGUGCUCCAGGUGGGCCGCGCCAUCGAAGGCCUGGCCACGCUCACCGGCGCCCCCUGUGAGAGCCUGGCGCUGCAGCUCAGCUCCACUAACCCCCGCGAGGAGCCCGUUGACACUGAUCUCAUCUGGGCCAAAAUGCUGAGUUCUAAGGAGGCUGGGUUCCUCAUGGGUGCCUCCUGUGGCGGGGGCAACACGAAGGUGGACGAUUCGGCCUACGAGAGCCUGGGCCUGCGCCCCCGCCACGCCUACUCCAUCCUGGAUGUUCGAGAUGUCCAGGGUACCAGGCUUCUGCGGCUCCGAAACCCGUGGGGCCGUUUCUCCUGGAACGGCAGCUGGUCCGACGAGUGGCCACACUGGCCGGGGCACCUGCGUGGUGAGCUCAUGCCGCACGGCAGCAGUGAGGGCGUCUUCUGGAUGGAGUACGGCGACUUUGUCAGGUACUUCGACUCCGUGGACAUCUGUAAGGUGCACUCGGACUGGCAGGAGGCGCGGGUGCAGGGCUGCUUUCCCAGCUCGGCCAGCGCGCCCGUGGGGGUAACAGCGCUCACGGUGCUGGAGCGGGCCUCGCUGGAGUUCGCGCUCUUCCAGGAGGGCAGCAGGCGCUCGGACGCAGUGGACAGCCACCUGCUGGACCUGUGCAUCCUGGUGUUCCGGGCCACGUUCGGCAGCGGCGGCCACCUCAGCCUGGGCCGCCUCCUGGCCCACAGUAAGCGCACGGUCAAGAAGUUUGUCAGCUGCGACGUCAUGCUGGAGCCUGGCGAAUACGCUGUGGUGUGCUGCGCCUUCAACCACUGGGGGCCGCCCCUGCCGGGCACCCCUGCCCCCCAGGCCUCCAGCCCCUCAGCAGGGGUCCCGAGAGCCUCCCCAGAGCCGCCGGGCCACGUGCUGGCUGUGUACAGCUCGAGGCUGGUCAUGGUGGAGCCCGUGGAAGCCCAGCCGACCACGCUGGCCGACGCCAUCAUCCUGCUCACCGAGAGCCGCGGAGAGCGGCACGAGGGCCGUGAGGGCAUGACCUGCUACUACCUGACACACGGUUGGGCGGGGCUCAUCGUGGUGGUGGAGAACCGGCACCCCAAGGCCUACCUGCACGUGCAGUGUGACUGCACCGACACCUUCAACGUGGUGUCCACACGCGGCAGCCUGCGCACCCAGGAUAGCGUGCCACCCCUGCACAGGCAGGUCCUGGUGAUCUUGUCCCAGCUAGAGGGCAAUGCCGGCUUCUCUAUCACCCACCGCCUGGCACAUCGCAAGGCAGCCCAGGCCUUCCUCAGUGACUGGACAGCCUCCAAGGGGACCCACAGCCCCCGGCUCACGCCAGAGGUCGCCGGUCUGCAUGGGCCUCGGCCGCUGUGACCACCAUGCCUGGGGCAGGGGCUGUGCACAGACGGACCUCCCACCCCCACACGCACUUUAUGAGGGAGACCCCGACAGAGGACGCUUGAGCCAGAAUCUCAGGACCCUGCCCAGGGAGCUGCCAGCCCAGGGCUCAGCUUCCCAUGGGCCCCCCGCCCCCCUCCCUCCCCUCCCUGAACCCCACAGUCCGCCUGGCCAGGCCUCCCGGCCGCCACGCAGAAUACCUCGAACCAGGCGGGCUGUGAACCAUCCCCGCUCACCUGCCAGCCUCAACACCCGACGGGGGCCGAGGCCAGGCUGCCCCUCCCUGUGGGCUCAGGGUCUCCUGCGGGGGAGACAGCCAGGAGCUCUGUCCACAAAACCAAAUCUGGGUGUCAGAGGCCAAGACCCUGGGGUGGGAUCAGGGACCACCCCUCACGGGGCAUAAGGUCAGUUUUCCCCCAGAGCCCGGGUCCCUGUCCCCCACAGGGCAGGCGGGGUCCCUGGAGCCCUGGUGUGGAGCGGCGAGUCCCGGGGCGGUGCCUGCCUCAGAAGAAGGGGCCCUUGGCCAGCCCCCCAGCAACACUAUGCAAAUCCUGGAGUGCCCGCCAGGAUCGAAGCCAUGACUGGGUGCAGGCGGGCGCCAGGCCCGCUGUGGGUGGGCACCAGUUCUCAGCACCGCUCACGGCUGCCGGGCACACUGGGACCAGCAGGCUCCUCAGCCAACCCUGUUCCUCGGCCCGGCCCUGCCAGAGAGGGACCCCAGCACAUCGUGGGCAUGGGCAGGGCUCAGCCGCUCCCACCUCCCCACAGAAGCCCAGGAGUGUAUGGACGUCUGAGCCCAGCUUUCUGCGUCCCCACCCGGCCCUCCUGGCCCCUCACCCCCGGCAGCGGGCCAGCCUCGCCCCCACUCCCCCUCCUACCCCGACAGGGGCUUCCGGGGCCUUUUCACCUGGAGAAACAUUCCCACUCCCCUUUGGCCUCCCUGUACUCUGAGCUGUGAAUAUUUUUAACCCUGUAAAUACGGCCAGCUCUUGUGACACAGAGACUAUUUUAUCAACUGUCAGCCCCGUUCCUUUACGAUAGGAUUCUCCACAGUGGCUUCCGACUCAGGCUCCAAUGGACCAAAUAAAAGCGUUUUGUUUUGUU